UUGGUAGAACGCCAAAAGCGUGAAGAUUAUUCGAAGCUUUUGUGUCACGUUCACGCGGGAAAGUAUUUAGACCUAUUCAAGAAAAAUAUUUCCUGCUGUAUUAUUUGAAAACGGCUUAGAUUUUUAGUCCUUUGCUACUGAAUUUAACGGGGUAAAGCAUCCUCUGGCCCCGGUCAUUGUACUAUGCAACGCAGCACAUACCAAAAUCGCCGAAAACACAAGAAUGGGCCAAAUCAUCCAAGAAGGUAUGACUCCUCAAUUAGCCUCAAUGGAAGCCUAAGAAGGUACCACUCCCUUGAAAACAUCAGGGUGUGCCAAAGAAGCUACAACUCCCCAGAACACCACAUGAGAAAUGGUGGACACCCAAUUACACCACCAUACCACCAUCUUCCCCCUCAAAACUAUCAGAGAAUUAAAAACAGUGAAAAGCAUUCAUCACCAAGACAAAAAAAUGAACUGUGCUGGCCUAACAAUGUUGGAUUUGAAGUCAGUGGUGGCCAUAAUUCUCCUAAAUAUCAACCGAUCACUGGAGAUGAAACACGUCCAUAUAGUCUGGGACAGCCUGGGAAGCCAUAUUGGAUUGAUAAUGUGGGCCAUAACAUGGCAUCACCACCGUUGGUUCGUCGAGAAUUAGCAGCUACUGCAUCCGAAUGUGAUGGCAGCCUCUCGUAUAGAUUUCCUAAUCAAGAUCCGAUAUUCUUGAAAAACACUUUUACAUCAUCAAAACGAAAACAGGAAGAAACAUCAACAGCCACAACUACGAUCAGUACAAAUCCUUUCAAGAUAUCAAAAAUUAAAUCAUCAGAAAGUACAAAUACAUCAACAAAAAAAGCAGGCCAGCCUGAAGAUGCACAUACUAAAGGUAGUUCAAAUACUUCUGUAAAGUCUGAGAAUCAAGAGAUGUCUCCUCAGGAUUCUUCCAAAAGUCGCGCAAUUCUGACAACUUAUGAUAGUAAUGGCAACUUUGUUGUAGUGAGUAAAGAAGGCUCUGUUACUGCCGUCUCGUGUACAACGAAAAACCGGACUUUAUCAAAUUCAUUUUUGGAACGUUUUGAAAACGAUCCAGAAGAAGAUGAUGUAGAACUGAUCUCACUUGAAGUUAAAGGCAAAGAAAAGGCAGUCGCGAGACCAUCCGAUAGCGGUUUAAAUAAAGAGAAGGAGACACAUCCCUCUGGGAAUUCGUCGCAGAAAUCGACCAAUACUCUUGUAUCCGAUGUGAACGUCAAAAUGACCAAAGCGGGAGUUGGUGAUGCCGAAAAGGUUAAAGUUGAUAACGACGAUGUUGAAAGUUUGUCAGACGCUGAGAGUGAAGUUUUUGAUGAUAUUUUCUUGAAAACGAUAAAUAAAGAACUUGAAAACGAAGUUUCUGAUGAUGAAAUAUCACCUUCACGUUCUGACAGUAUUUCGCCAACAUUUGAAUUUGAUAGCACUUUAUUGCGAAACCUUGAUGAACAUUUACGCCAUGGGGUAGAAAAUGUAGUUUCGAAUACCACAAUGAAAGCAAAUAAAAGUGAUAGUAACAACACCAAAGAAACUGAUGGCGCAGCUGAAUUUCAGGAAGAAGAUAACAAAUGCCCUCUUGUCAAUCAAGCAGCAUCUGUGCUACCACCUGGCCGCGACUCUAAGGUUAUAAAUAAUAGUUCAAACAAGGAAUUUGAAAAUACUGUCCCCCAGAUUGCUGUUGCAAGUGGUCACGAUGAAUGUAAAAGUGGGAGUGAUAAUCCUGGUGGUGUUGCAAGUGGUGCGAAGGAGGACCCUAGUAAAACCACGUCUUCUGAACGUAAAAGCGCCUCAAAAACAGAUGCAGAAGAAUUUGAGCAACGCUCGACACGGCUUAGUCUUCAGGAAUGUGCUAUUGCUAAUCCGUGUGUUGAACCUACAGUAACAAAAUCAACUGAGAUCGUGUUGGAUCGCAAUGCGGCUAGGGGAGGAAGUAUUCAAUCUGUUAGCGAUGAGAUAAUUGAGAAGCCGUUGGACGACCUGCCAUUAACAGAGCAGUCUGAAAACAUUGUAGCAGAUAAAAUAUUGGAUACCACAAAAACCCACACGGCAAAUGUUGAGGAAACAUCUUCCAAUGAAACUGAGUUACCUGAAGGAAAUUCUUCACACAAUUUAGAUGAAAACAAUACAUUUAUUGGUAGAACCGUUGGUGGAAUUUUGUCUAACAAUGAAAAGUCGUCUUCUAAAAAUUCUUCAAGUCCCGGAAAUGCAGAUUUUCUUGUUGGAACAUCUCAAAGCUGUCCGAUGGUGGAUACAAUCAUGAGCAAAACUCAAUUGUCUGAAGAAACGUCUUCUCGCAAAACAGUUGAAACCUUGCUAAAAACCUUGGAUACAAGAAACCAAAACAAAACGUCUGCCGAAGAAACAUCUGCCGAGAAUAAUAUGAAUGUUAAGGAUGCUAUAACUCUUAUACGAGAUAAUUGUAAGGAAUCUGUUAAACAUUCCGUGACACUGCUUCAGUCUAAGGUAAUAAAGAACGGGGCUGAAUUGAACAAAACUGGGAAUGAACAAGAAACUGUUUUGGGGAACUACAAAGAAAAUAAUGAAUCACAGAUGAUGAUCACUAAAAAAGACAGUGGUUCGAUUGUGGAUAAUAAAAGCUCGGUUGAGGAAAGUAAAAGCUCGGUUGGGGAAGAAUCCUUAAAUAGUUCUGCUGAAAAUAACAAUAGCGCUUUUGUACCUUUAUGUGAAAGCGUAUUACAGAGUGUCAACAAAGAGUUACGGGAAAACGAAGUAAUGAAAAGAGACGAAAAUAAAAACAGCCAGAUGGGUAUUGGUGAUAAUAGUUCUCAAAGUGGAAACAAGGACGAUUGUUAUAACAGUGACAAGUGUGAUGAGGAAAACAACAGAAUUGAGGUUAUCGAUGUUAAUGGUAAAUCAAAACUUGCUGCGAGUUCAGAAACAAAAAGUCGUAACUCGAGUGUAUAUGACACACUUCAUGCAGAAUUGGUGGCUUCGAAAAUGAAUGUUAGUCACACACUAAAUCAGCCAUCUAAGAUUUAUGAAGGUCCAAAGGAUUCAGAGACAUUGGAAAUAUUGACGUCUAAUACAGAAGUUUCCAACAUCAAUAUACAAGGCGAAAAGGGUGUGAUAACUGUAUCAUCGUCAGAAGCUAUGGCACAGUCAGGAGACAGUGCAGAAGAUUCCCAAACAAAUAAAAUCUCAACUGAUGUAUCUAACAACCUGUAUUUAGAAACGUCUGCAAAUCAUGAUACGGAAAUGCAUGACGUUGAUAAUGAACUAGAUCAAAUGUCAAAAGCCAGAACGUUGGAGGGAGAAAGGAGUACAGAAGAGGCAUCUGAACAGUUGGUGAGCAAUGUUAGUGAAACCAUUGGUUUUGCAGGAGCAAGUCAGUUGUUCAAAAAGUCUUCAGACGAAAAAGCGAACGAUUCGGAUAGCAAAAACAUUGAGAGUCAACCUCUUUGCAACGCAAAUGACAUGACUACAACCAAUGUUAGUAUGGAGGAACCUAAUAAUGCAAAUGAUUUUGAUAAAGAAACUGAGUUGACAUCUAGAGAGCAAGUAGCAGGGAACACCCACAUGACUCAGAGUGAAGAGAAGCAAAUUACACAAGACAUUAGCGGCACAGAUCUGUGCAUAUCUGAGGACACGGUGGUCGUUGUUGCUAACAGCUUAGGUAUUGAAGAAAGAAAUUUUGAUGAAUCUCAGAAGAUUGACGUUAUCGUUAAUUGUGCCACUUUGACCGAAACUGCACCCGAACAGCAAGGUGGAGGUGAUGAAAAGUUAAGUGUAGAAGGAACAGAGUUGGGCGAAAACCAACCAGAUAUUUUAGAAAGGAUGGAAAUGAUACCUAAUAGCACUAAACCAUUUGCUUCCCAGAGUGAAAUAGAAUCCACGUCGGAUGAUAAGACAGCUGAUGUGGAGAUGACAAUUCCUCAACAUGAGGAACUGUUGAUGCCCGAACGCGGGGUUACGGAAGGUCAGGAUUCGGUUGAACCUGAAGUUGUUGCGCCAAACUUGCAUGUUUCAAGCGAUAAAAAGCCACUUGAAGAAAGUACCAUUGUUCCUGGCGAAUUACGGAGUAACGUUUUAUCCCCAGCUGUUAUAGUGAACACGAAAAAAGUUGAUUUUGAAGAAGAAAAAGUUUCAGAAUCGGUUUCAUGUGGCACACGGGUGGACGAAACUAAAGAUGAUUCGAAAUCUAAUACAGAUGAUAGCGAUGAUAAUGCUUUGACGGGAGCUGCUAAAGACAUAGCAGUUGUAGAGCAACAGCAGGAAAAACCAAGUGUCGGAAAUCUGGAGAAAUUUGAACAACAUAACGCCGACGACAUUGUGGUGGAGGAUGAUCGUACAAGCGUCCAGAACAUAAAUACUUCGGGAGAAAACUCGAAGACGAAAAAAAUAGAAGUUGAAAUUAAUGAUGCCAAGAGCUCGGAAAUGACGGAAACAACUGCAGUGAUUUCAAAAUUACUUGAAUCUAAAGAAAACUGUUCUGUAAAACAUUUAUUAAUUGACAUUCUUACUAAAAACCUAGAAGACACCAAAAAAGGGGAAAAAAAUAGGACGAAGCAUUCAUUUCAAGAUAGGUCUUCUGGGCAAUCAUCCUCACACGAUAGUUUAGUGACAGAAAGCGAGUAUUCGUCGACCGAAGACACUUAUGUACAAAAUCUUCUCACAAGAGCUGGACAGUUGAGUGAUAAUGACAUGGAUGUGUCGAGCUAUGAUAGUAGCGAUAUCGAAUUAGGUGCAUCAACGAGUUCGUCUGAAACUCAGGAGGAUAAAUUUUCACAAAGCAUGAAAUCGAUAAAAAAUCACGAUCCGGACGAAUGUGGUCAGAUGGGUGAAACUGAGAAAUCCAGCCGUAAGAAUAGCAACAAUGAAGAUGACGUUUCGUCAAGUAGCCAGCAAAUACGGCAAGAUAACCCCGUAGAGGAUGAUUCUGUUUUGACAGGGUUUGGACACCUGAAAAAUAAUCCCAGAAUUGACAGUUCAUGCAAUGAAAAGUGUGGUAUAAAAGUGGGUGCGCUGGAAAGUUCGUCAGAAACACUUGAAGGAGAAUUGUCACAAAACGAUGAGUUGAAAGAGGAUUACCAUCUUAAACUGGCUAGGGGAAACAGUUGUGAACAGGGUGGUACAAGUGGCAAAGAUACUGAAUCGUAUGUGCAGUCAGUUUUAUCAGGAGCACAUAGGGAUACAAAAAAUAACAAAUUUGCUAUAGUUAAUGUUCCUACAAACAAAGAGGAAAGUCAGACCUCGGUUUGUAUGAAGAUAUCAACAGAAGGAAGUACCCCUGGUGUGAUAUCCAGAUCAUCCAGUCAGGGAAGGAGAGAUGUCUCUAGGAAUAAUGAAGAACCUAAAAGCACUAAUGCAUUACACAAGAUUGACACCGACGUUUCUAAUACUGGCAAAGAAAUUCCUAAAAAAAGCAAAGGACUUUAUUUACAUCAUACAGACCUGUCUAUGCAUACUGUCACAAUUUCUAAGAAUUAUCAAGAAUUUUUGAAUCGCGACAAAGCCUCUUCUGGGAAUUCCACACAAAUGUCAAAGAGUUGCCAAGAACGUUUAAAAUCAGACGCACCUAUGAACAACGACGAAAUUCCAAAGAUUGACACAAGUUCUUCUACGUGUAGCAAGGAAGACAUUCCUAACAAGAGAAAAGACAUUUCUAGCGAUACAAAAAGCGACAUCGUGGAGCCUCGUAGAAAAAGAGGUCGUCCAAGGAGAACAUUUCCAGCUAAUGAGCCCACCACGCCCAAAAGGAAGUCAACACGACAGAGAAACCCGACACGCAGUAGAAGAGAUUUUGGGCUAAUGUAUUCAUCAAAUCUCUCCAGCCGAGAAAUUCCAUAUUAUCGUAAUAUGAAGGCUUUCAAUAUGGACGUGAAUUUAUCAAGUAAACACAGCGGUUCGAUCAAUGAGUAUGCGAGGUCUGAAAAAGGUCGUGAAGAGAAAGAGAGGGAACCACUGAAAUAUAGUAUAAAGCAAGUCAUUGAUCUCAUCAACGUUGACGAUGAUUUUCAUCUCGAAUUAGAGUCAGAAGAUGAAAAUUCUCGCAGUGGUUGGUCUCCAGUCAAAAUUGACAAUUCACUGGUCCGCAGUGCAAUCUCAAGUACCAAUAUUCUACCAUUAGGGAAUACCACGCAAACCAAUGCGACGCCAAGUACCAAUAAUUUACUGGGUGUUUCAAGUACCAAGCAAGCUAGUGCAUCGUCAAGUACCAAAAAUUUACUUGGGGGCAGUAUCGCGAGAGCUAAUGAUAUAUCACCAAGUAACCAGUCCUUUGGCAGUUCAGUGCCAGUUCUGUUUAGUUAUCCACUACCUAAUUGUAUUACACCAAGAACAACUUUUGUGGUGGGCAGUUCCUUGCCCGCUGAAAUUAAUAAUUCGCUGGCAAAUAGUGCAAUACCGUGUAAGAACGUAGGUUCCUGUAGUACUUUUACAUCGAAGAAUGCACUUGGUUCUUUGCCUAAAGUAAAUUAUACGGUUACUAGUGCUACCCUUUUGCAAAGGGAGACACAACGUGAUAAGAACAAAGCAGAGAUUUCUUUGGAAAGCUCUUUUUCUAACUCACCAGAAGUCACCGAUAAACCAAGUGAAGCAACUUUGGCCAGUUCCAUGCUCCCUAGUACUAUACCAAAGAGGCGACGCGGUAGACCAGCGAUUUUAAGAAGGAGAUGUCCUGAGAGCGAAUCGAUACCAAAGAAUGUCAACAAAAAUAUUAAUUGUUAUUUGUCAAGUGAAAUCAGUAGCGCAAGAACUAGGCCAUUAGUGGAGUUACUGACAAGUUCUCGAAAUGCCAGUAAAAGGGGAAGUUGCACCUCUGGUGAACAACGUCCUGAUAGUGCCAUGAUUCAUGUUAAUUCCAUACCAAAGGCUAAUUCUGCGGAUAGAACUUUACCUGAUGAAAGUGUUUUACCUUCCCACACGUUAGCUGAUUUUUGUUGUUCUUUCAAUUCACCAGUCUCUCCACUUUCCAAAGAGUUGGAUGUUCUCAGUGGCCGGAGUUCAACCUCCACAGAAAGUGGGGAGAAGGGUUAUAGUUCAACAUCGACAGUAUUGAUGGAUAGUCAAAACUCAGGAAGCAGUGCUGAAUCUUUGAAAAUCACGUUGAUCAGCGAAAGAGAUCCUGACACUGGGACGACAAAUUGGAAGGCUAGUCCUAUGAUACCGGGUACAGAAAGUGGCAAGGGAUCUUCGGCGGGAUAUGGAUUGCGUCGUUUCAAGACAAGAAAGACGAAAAAUCCUUCACCUAUUCCAACAGAACUGAAUGCUAAAAGAAGGCGAAUGAUGAUCAGUGAUAUAGACAAUGAAGUGCAGAGUCCACAGUCGUUACAGAAUCUCACGAAAAGACCGUUAGAAGAGUACAUAAGAAGUGUAGAGAAAGUGUAUCGUUCAUCUGACAAGAAUCCGAAGAAAGGCUUGCUUUCAAUUGCCAUGAAUGAUCGUGUCAGCAAAACAAAUUCCAGGGAACAAGAGGGCGAUUUUCUAAAACUUGGCGAUACUGAUGUAAUGUAUGAAAUAGUCCGGAGAGCUUAUGGGGACAGCAAGUUAAAGCACUGUCGACCAUCCCCUCGAUCCUUGUAUUUUGCUGCAAAACAAGGCAAUGCACUGCAAGUUUUAGUUCUGGCUUCUGGUUGUAAUGUGAAUGCUACAAUACCACAAGAGAAACAUAAAACUGCAAUGCAUGCUGCUGCUGCCUCUGGCCAUGUUAACGUGUUAUGGAUUUUGAGUAUGAUUGGCGGGAAUCUAUCGUCUCUGGAUACAAAACUACAAACUCCACUAUUUGACGCAGUUGAAAACCAACAAACUGAAGUUGUAAAAUUCUUGAUCGGUCAAGACGUCAAUUUAAACUUGAGAGACUCUCAAGGAAUGACUGUGUUACAUGUUGCUGCUCAGAAAUCCAAUAUGGACAUUAUCAACUUGCUGAUGAAUACAUACAAACUGGAUGUGAACGACCAGGAUAAUGGCGGAUGGACGGCGUUAAUGUGGACUGCGGAAGGGAUGCGUAUGGAUGCAGCGAAGUGUCUGCUAAAUUGGGGAGCGGAUGUCAACAUCUUGGACAAAGAGAAAAACACGUGUCUUCACUGGGCGGCCCUGGCAGGUGACAUAAAUAUCAUGGAUCUUUUGCUCCAGUCAAACGUACAUAUUGACGCCCGAAAUAUGUUUGGAGCAACAGCCCUACACAUUUCAGCUCGGGAAAGGAAACUCGAAAACAUCAGGACACUUGCAAAAUAUCGUCCAAAUCUGGAUAUCAGAAAUGCAGAUGGCAAAAAACCAAUAGAACUUGUCCAAUACAACACCAAGUGUUAUGUUCAACUAAAAAGAAUGGAUAUGUUAAAAACAUUGGCGAAGUACACGUUGAAAGAACGCUUAAUAUCACGUGAUAUCUCUCGGGGACAAGAAAAAAGACCUAUUCCUUGUAUCAACGAAGUUGAUGAUGAAAAUCUUCCGGAUGACUUUAUUUAUGUCUUUAAUAACUUGGAAUGUCAAAGUCAGAGUUUUGAUCGUUCUAUGACGGGCUGUAACUGUUCAGAUGGUUGUGUAAACGACAAACAUUGUGAAUGUGCUCAGCUGUCGGCUCGAAAACGGUUCUGGUAUGAUGAGACGGGUCGCAUCAAUAGUGAAAUAUUUGAAGAAGAUCGUCCAUUAGUUUACGAGUGUAACAUGAAAUGUAAAUGUUGGUCAAACUGUCAUCAACGUGUUGUACAACGUGGCAUCACUGCUGGUUUACAACUAUACAAAACCGAAAAUAAAGGCUGGGCAGUGCGUACCCAAGCGUUGAUCCCAAAAGGGACAUUCGUAUGUGAAUACGUGGGUGAAAUAUUGACUGACAGUGAAGCAGACAGACGUAAAGAUGAUUGUUACUUAUUUGAUCUUGAUGUAAAGGGUCAAUCGAUUUUGUUUUGUCUUGACGCGAAAUUUUAUGGAAACAUUACAAGAUUCAUCAAUCAUUCCUGUGAUCCAAAUAUUCUCCCUGUUCGUGUAUUUACUGACCAUCAGAUAAAAAGCUGUCCAAGAAUUGCGUUCUUUGCUGCCAGAGACAUUAAACCAUAUGAAGAAGUUUGUUCAAACUACGGCGAGAGAUUCUGGACAGUAAAGAAACACGAGUUUCAUUGUGUUUGUAAUACGACCAAAUGCAAAUAUGGUGCUGCGAAAAAGUAAUGUUUCAUGUGUGAAGGAUGGGGGUGAAGCUCCUGUUAUGCCUCGGAUUUGUAGGGCGGCAAGGAACUGGGAAACUUUUUUAACAUGUGCAGGUGCUAAAUGAACAAUGUUUUAAUGAAAUCAUUGUUAGCAUUCUGUAGUAGGUAUUUAAUUUCGAAGGGGCGGGCAAUUAGUCAUCGUAAUGACACACUUGCUGACACACUUGAGUGUAGUUUUUUACCGUAGUUCUUUCAAAAUUAUUGUAUAUAAAACACGGUUUUAAUGAUUUUGCCAUAUGCUAGUUAUGAGAUAUUAGAAUAUUUUUAAUUGAUAUGUACGGUAUGUGUACUGGCAAGAUCAUUGUAUUGUAGAACCAUAUGAUUAGCCUGCUUGCAGGCAUCAGAGCCACACCCUUGAUCCAUUCGUAGCCUUUUCCGUUCAAGUCCGUGAUUUAAUAUCAAAUUUGAAUAUAAUUAGUACUACAG